GUCUUGUUCAUCGCUUCGAGGGACCAACCAUCUUUGGUACCUCUCGUAGACGCGAGACGGGGAGCAACAAUCUCGCGCCCACCAUCGACGUUCCUCCCCUCCCUCGACGCUCCCCUCAUCCUCGACGCUCCCCUUCCUCCCCUCUUCAAGACUCGCUCACUAUCUCCCCUCAUCAAGGCUCACACACUCCCCCCCUCCCUCGCCUCCCUCCCCGGCGCCAAUCUGAAAGUCACCCCAACCCAAACAGCCUCCGCCUAAUCCAAGCGACGUCGGGGGAGAUGCGAGGGGCGCCCUUCGCUAGGAGACGCGCGAUACGCCCUGCGCUUGGAGAGGCCGGAGUGGCGAGCAGAACGCUUGAGAGGGGGGAAGGCGAACUGUGAGCGUCAGAUGAGAUGUGGGACAACCGCCAGAUUGGGGUGGGGAAGGGGGAGGGUGUGAGAAUGCUCGGUGAUGCCUUCUACCCUCCCUUCGCCGUCGACGUUCCCUUGCCGCUCAUCCUCCACCCUAUCCAUCCCCUCUCUCUCCACACUCAGCCCUCGCCGCUCAGCCCUCCUGCGCGCUUGCCUGCGCCGUCGACGCUCCUUCCCUUCGCCGUCGACGCUCCUCUUCCGCCUUCCACCCUCAACGCUCCCUGCCUUCGCCGUCGACGCUCCCCCCUCCACCCUCUUCCACUCCUCUCCUCCGCCCUCCACCCUCCUCCCUUGGCACCCUCAUCCCCACCCUCUCCACCCUCGACGUUCCUCCACCCUCGAUGUUCCUCCGCUCCUCUCCCGCGUGCGUGACCGAUUCACUCCUCCGCGCUCUUCCGCUCCUCUUCCGCCUUCCACCCUCGACGCUCUUCCGCCCUCAUCCUCCACCCUCUUCCGCGUUCCUCCUCCGCCCUCAUCCUCCGCCCUCUGCGCGACUUCACCAGCAUCGACGACGAUUCACUCCUCCUCCGCAACCAACAGAUUGGCGCCCUCCGCGCUCCCUCCUCCCAUCUGACGCUCCACACUCGACCCUCCUUCUAUCCUCCACACUCAGCCCUCGACGCUCCUCCCCUACCUCCUUCCAUCCACGCGCGCAGCCGUGCGCGCUACGCACGAUGCCGAACCAUGCGCACAACGGGUCGGUGGUGCGCAGCCGCGCGCGCUACGGGCGAGACGAUGCGGAUUACGGGCGAGCGAAGGAGGUGCGCACUACGGCCAGCGAAGGAGGUGUGCGCCUUAGCACGGGCGAGAUUGGUAGGGGGAGCGGGAGACGAGUGGCUGGCGGUGUGCCAGUGCGCUAUGCACGAUGCCGAGCCAUGCACGGUGUCGAGCCGUGCUCGCUACGCACGAUGCCGAACCAUGCGCCCUAAGGGGUUGAAUGCGAGGUGAGACGGCGAGAGUGGGAGGAUUAGGUUGGAGGGAGGAGAGGAUCGGUAGGUGGGAGGGGAGUGGGUGGCAGGCGAAGGGGUGAAGAAGGGAAGUGGGUGGAGGAGAGGGGG